AUGCUACCCUCCUUCUGUUUCAUCUUGGCAUACUGUGGCCUUUUUGUUUCUCUUUUUAAAAGGUUUUAUCUCUUGUAGUUAUGAUUCAACUUAAAUAGCAUCAACACUGAAACUAUAUGCAUGAGGGAGAUUUGUGGUGAGAGCUGACAUCCCAGGGGGAUAGUUAGCCAGCUUCAGGCUGCUAUAAAGCACGUCAGUCACCCGCCACUUUGAUUUUCUUCAGUUUAACUAUAUGACAUAAUCCAGAUAAGCAGUAUGCACUGGGAGAAAUCGUCACCAUCAGCACUGGCCAGGUCCAGACCGUACCAAGGUGUUCGCGUCAGAGACCCGGUCAAGGAGCUGCUGAGGAGGAAGAGAAGUCUGGAGCCGCUCAGCAUCAAGACAGCGCCCUCUUCUGCGGAUGUGGUCACGCAUAACAACCAGUCAUUAUACACACAAGGCAUGUUUGGCUCUGAUGUUGCUGGCGGCUCCCCAGCCGAGCCGUUGACUGAAGUCAGUGAUGGAGGGCUGCAGUGUGCAGGAUGGAGAUCUGUCCCAGCUGCCACCAGCGCUGGCCAGCAGCCUGCAGUAACACCCUGGUCCUCAUCUGACUACCAGCAGGACCUUUCAGCUCAGACUCUGGCUUACCCAGCCACCCCCACCCUCACUGCUGAUGUAUUCAUGCAGACUCUUUGUCCCAGCUACACCAUGCUGACCUACACACACACACCAUUGCUCACUAACUUUGGGAACAUACCUGUGGCCCCAGCACCAGGCUCCCUCCCUCAGAUGGAGCUCCCAGACUCAGGGUUGACCUACCUCCCUUGGGCCCAGCCCAUCACCACCAUAUCUACCAUGCCAAACCCGGGAGUCCAGUUUGCCCCCGGCUCUGCAGCCCUGCCCGGGUCACCUGUGGUCCACAUGCCCUUGUCCAUGUCUUUGACCACCAUGAUUCCUCAGCUGGAGGCUCAGGGUGGAGGUCAUCCUCAUCCGCAGAUACUGGAUCUCCCGCAGCAUUCGGAACAUCAACUGGACCCUGAGCCACAAGGCCAGUCUCGAAGCUCGAGUCUAGAGGCAGAGUCACCGAACCUCCUGGAUAAACUUCUGGAGGAUCAAAAGGGUGAUAGCGAAGACGAGGACAAAGACUCGUACAGCAGCCCGCUCUUCAUUCCAAAUGUCUGAAAAUAUGAGUUUUUUUCUGUUCAUAGAGAGUAGCAUUUCUUCUGUUUGUUUCUCAGGGGAACCAUUAAAGGAUAAUUUGGCCUAAUUACAACUUCAUUUUGUUACUGUGGCUAUAAUUUGUAUUAAUGUUCUGUGUAAUGCUUUUCUUGAGCUGUAAUUGACGUAUGUUCAUGCAGCUGUUUCCUUUUUGCAGCAAAGUCUGGCAUUGAAAAACAGGAUAAAAAAGACACUGUCUCUGUCAAUAGAAAUUAUGUCCGAGACAGUCGCAGUUUUCUGAAAAACAGUUAGCCUUCAGUGUUGUCCACCUCCUGAGGUGUCUCUCAAAGUGAUACAAUCUGCAAUUAAUGCUGUCAGUUAACAAGAGUCUGGAGCCACUUUAAACUAACUUCAUUCAAACUCAAACUGCAUCAGGCAAGAUCUUUAUGUCAAAUGAUAACUAAGACUGUAAAUUCAUGCUACUGCUGAUACAAGAAAGAAAAGUUACUUAAGACAAAUAAAUAAUGAGAAAACAAAGCUAACAACGCCAAUACGCUAACGUGCCUGAUGCAACUUUAAACUUCAGGAACUGUUUCUGGCCAAAUUAACCUUUAUUUCAGAUUGUUGUUCAAACUGAAUUAUGGUUUCAAAUGUUUAGAUUUUAAAUAUAUUUAGAGUGCAUUGUACCAUCUUACACUGUACUGUAGGAUGAAGAUUUUGUCCCAAUACUUGUGCUUGCACUUGGCACGGAAGGCCUCUGAGUCCCAGGGGUUUUCCCAAGGGGAAACUGUCAUUGUGAAAGGGGCUGCAACUCUUUUGUUGAAUCUCAUUCCUAAAAAACACCAAAGAUCGUAUCACAGGGGAUAUCACGUGCUGGGAACAUAUUAAGAGAAGUUAGCUUUGGCUCUGUUUUUUCAUGCAGAAUUCAUAAAUGUGAAAACAAAAUGAAUGCUCAGAGUGUAGUUGACACUCCAAAUGGGCACCAACAGGUAAAACAAAUAAAAAAUAAACAAAAGAGAUAAUGAACCAAAAUUACAGUAUAUAAUUUUCAUGUGUAAGAGGGUUGCAUAAUUCCAACAGUUAAAGUUUCUUAUUAUUAUUAUUUCUUGUUAUUUCUUUUUAUAUUAGCAUGAAUAACUGUAACUCAAGAACCUAAAUAAACUAAACAUGAAGGCUUUCAGA